GCUGUUUAAAAAUGAAUUUGGUUACUGAUUCAGGGUUAGGAUUGUUUUAUAAACGGUAUGCAGGAGCUGAGACUGCACAUGUGUAGCGCAUUCUUCGCUGGUCCCUGGGCUGCGUGCAAAACAGCACACUACCGCAAUAAAUAGUAUUCGGUUCGAUAAACAGUCUGAUCGAGCUUGAUUUGGGACGGGAAGCGUUUGUGAGAAGUGUGCACGGGUUCCGCCCAUUCCCUGGUCAGAGCCACGCCUCCUGGAGCUGCAGCCUGGCAGGCAGAGGAGAACGUUGCUACGCUGCUGCUGUCAAUAGUAGCGAAAGGAAAGAAGAAGAACAAACAAAGCAAAAUAUAACGACGCCCAGUAUACUAAAGAAUAACAAACUAAAGUAGUGCCUACAGAGAAGAGUGUCUGCUGGAGUAUACGAGUUGUCAGCGUCGUGUGUUCAGCCUGGAGGAGACUCCACACUGUUUGUGUUGUAUUGUGUGUUGUGUUUGCACACACACUUGAGUCGCCACGUUUCAGUGCGAUAACUUCACUAUUUUCUUCUCCUCGCACUCGUACUGCAGCCCUGCCCUUCAUCCUUCAGCAUGGACGCGGUUUGUAGGCGUGAAAUUAAUUCGAGGUGUCUGGAGAAAACCAGAAACGACUUAUUUCUGUAGGGGAAAGAAGAAAAAAAAAGUGCAACUCUGUUGUUCCAGCUCCAUGCGGGGCCCCUGCUGCUCUGAGCGCCUCAGAACAUUUUACAUACUUGAGAGAGAGCAGAAAGCUGUUUGAGACGGGACACACACACACACACACACACUCUAUGUGAUUUGUUGCACAACUGAGAUCCAGCUGGUUUAGAGUUUCAUUUUGUCUUCGCCGAGUUGAGAUGGAGGGAGUGGAGGACAAAGGGAAGAAAGGGAAAGACAGGAGCUUCUCGCUGUGGUAUGUGGGCUGCAGCGCGCUGGACCGCCGCACCACGCUGCCCAUGCUGCCCUGGCUGGUGGCUGAAAUCCGUAGGAAGAGCGAGUCCGGUCCGGCUCAGGCUCGCCAGGUCCAGCUCUCCCUCAGCCCUCCUACGAUCCGCUGCGUGCCUGCCAACAGCAGCAGCUCGUCCGUCUUCAUAUUCGAGCACAAAGCGCAGUGCAUCUCGCGCUUCAUCCAUAACAGUCAUGACCUCGCCUACUUCGCCUACCUCAUCCGCAGCCAGCCGGACGACCCGGAGUGCGAAAUGGCCUGCCAUGUGUUCAAGGCGUGCGACCCAGACCAGGUGUCUGAGGUCAUCAGCAGCAUCCGACAGGCUUCCAAAAGCGCACUCAAAGAGGAAAGCAAACCCAAACAGGAGGCUGAGGAGUCCUUUUACAACUCCCAAAAGUUUGAGGUGCUUUACUGUGGCAAGGUGACCGUGAAUCACAAAAAAGUGCCCUCCACCCUGAUCGACGACUGCAUCGACCUGUUUCGGCAGCACGAGUCAGAGCGCAGGCGUUUGCGCCUCUUGAAUGGCCAGCGCUCUAUGGAAACCCCAGUGGUGUUCACCAUAGGAAAUGAUCCACUCAGCGCAUCGCUCUCUGAAGCUGCACUCACAGAGAUGAAUGAGAAAGCAGGCGGUAUGCGUAGUGCCUUCCCCGAGUGCAUCCAGGAAGACUCAGGCUUUGAGCAGCAGGAGUUCCGCACUCGCUGCAACAGCUUGGCAGGUGGCUUACAGAAGAAUCCGAGAGAAACAGGAGCCAAAGUGCCAACGCGUAGGAGACAUGCCAGUGCACCUAACCAUGUGCAGCCCUCUGACACAGACAAGAACCGCACCAUGUUGUUUCAGGUGGGACGGUUUGAGGUGAAUCUCAUCAGCCCAGACAGCAAGACAGUAGUGCUGGAGAAGAAUUUCAAAGAUAUCUCAUUUUGCUCCCAGGGAGUGAAGCAGACCGACCACUUUGGGUUCAUCUGUCGUGAUGUGUCAGAGUCAGGGCCCAGCCAGUACUUGUGCUACGUGUUCCAGUGUGCCAGUGAGUCUCUGGUGGACGAGGUGAUGCUGACUCUGAAGCAGGCCUUCAGUACAGCUGCGGCACUGCAGAGCUCCAAAACCCAGAUCAAGCUAUGCGAGGCCUGUCCAAUGCAUGACCUGCACAAGCUUUGCGAGCGGAUUGAAGGACUGUAUCCUCCCAGAGCAAAGCUGGCCAUUCAAAAAUACCUCUCCCUGCUGAGUGAUAACGAGCAGGCAGACAUUUUUGAACGUGUACAGAAGAUGAAGCCAAAUUGUGAUCAGGAGGAGAAUGAGCUGGUUAUACUUCACCUCAGGCAGCUGUGUGAGACCAAGCAGAAGACACAUGUACAUAUUGGAGAGGCUCCUCAGAAUGCAAUAGGCUCUGAGAGCUCAAGUGCAGCCGGACGCAACAAGCUGGACGUGCUGAAGAAUAAGGCACGCAGCUCCCUCACCAGCUCCCUGGAGAACAUCCUUUCACGGGGUGCAAACCGGAUGCGCAUGCGUCUAGGAAGUAUGGGCAGCUUUGACCGACAAGACGAGUCUCCCGGUGAUUCUCCUCCAGGGACUCCCCCUGCUACCUUGGAUGAGGACCCUGACGCCCCUCUGUUCCGCCGCCGAGCACACACCUUCAGCCACCCUCCAAUUAAGAAGAGGAUCUCUUUCACAGAGUUACCUACACAGAACAAGGUUCCUCUGCACAGACAACAUUCUCUUGCUCCAGAGCUGCUGCAGAGCAGCCCGGUGCGUGUGCCAAGAAAACGCAGCGUGUCUGAGGGUGAAUCUUCCUUCAACCUUCCCCCCUCCUUCUCCACUCCCACUUUCCUGAAAAGUCUUUACCUGGGCUCCUUCAGCUCACUGGCCUCCCUGCCGGACAGCCCCAAGAGUAAUGGAGAGGACAGAAACAGGAGGCUGUCCGGCUGCAGCACUGACUCGUUGACUGCAGUGACUCCACGCAGAGUGUCUUGGCGUCAGAAGAUUUUCCUGAGGGUGGCUUCACCCAUGAACAAAGCCUCAGCCUCUAUGCACAAGGCUGAUAUGGAUGGCUGUGAGCUGCUGCCGCUUUCUCCCCGUGCUGUACAACUGGACCAGGACCCCCUAUCCGGGCUGCUCUCCUCCACUCAGAGCCUGAGAGGAGAGAGCGGACGCCACACCACUGCUGAUUAUAGAGGUCUGUGGAAGAAGGCCAUCCACCAACAGAUUCUCCUCCUCCGCAUGGAGAAGGAGAACCAGCGUUUGGAGGCUAGCCGAGAUGAGCUGCACAUCCGUAAGAUGAAGCUGGACUACCAGGAGGUGGGGGAGUGUCCUACAGAGGUGCAGGCUCUGUGGGAGAAAAAGCUGAAUGUGCCUUGCAGGACCAAAGUGCAGUGGGACAAAGACGAGAUCCACACUGCUCUCUGCCAGGGUGUCCCAAAAUGUCGGCGAGGUGAGGUGUGGCUGCUCCUCUCUCAGCAGUAUCGCCUGCGUCAUCGUCUACCUCAGCGGCAGCAGCCUCCUGACACGCCCUACCAGGACCUGCUCAAGCAGCUCACCACACAGCAGCAUGCCAUCCUGGUGGACCUGGGUCGCACAUUCCCCACACACCAGUACUUCAGUGCACAGCUGGGUGCAGGCCAGCUGUGUCUCUAUAACCUGCUGAAGGCCUACUCUCUACUGGACACAGAGGUGGGCUACUGCCAGGGCAUCAGCUUCGUGGCUGGAGUGCUGCUGCUACACAUGAGCGAGGAGCAGGCCUUCGACAUGCUGAAAUUUCUAAUGUACGAUUUAGGGCUCCGGCGCCAGUACAGGCCUGAUAUGAUCUCCCUGCAGAUUCAGAUGUACCAGUUGUCCCGGCUGCUGCAUGACUACCACCGUGGUCUGUAUUCGCACCUGGAGGAGCAUGAGAUCAGCCCUAGCCUGUAUGCUGCGCCUUGGUUCCUCACACUUUUCGCCUCUCAGUUCCCACUUGGUUUCGUCUCCCGCAUCUUUGACCUGCUGUUUGUCCAGGGCACAGAGGUGAUUUUUAAGGUGGCGCUGUGUUUGCUGAGCAACCAUGAGGGAGAGAUACUGGAGUGUGACAGCUUUGAGAGCAUUGUAGACUACCUUAAGACCACCAUACCCACCCUCACACAGAACCAGAUGGAAGAGACAAUCACAGAGGCUUUAGAGAUGGACAUCUCGAAGCAACUGCACGCCUAUGAGGUGGAGUACCACGUCCUACAGGACGAGAUGGUGGACGCCAUUCCACUUUCAGAGGAAUCAGACAGGCUGGACAAACUGGAAAAGACCAAUGCCCAGCUCAAGAAGCAAAAUAUGGAUCUGCUAGAGAAACUGCAGGCAGCACGGGUGAAAAUCCAGGGUCUAGAGAACAGUGUAGAGAGCUUCCUGGCACGCGAGAGCCAGAUGAAGCACAUGAUCCGCUCGCUGGAGCAGGAGAAGGCCAACUACCAGAAGACUAUUGAGCGCAUGCGCAACAGCCUCCCUGCAGACGCAGCUGACAUGGAGAUGACCCAGCUGAAGAUGAGCAGCAACAGCAAAACCAAAGCAGCCAACAAAUAAGCCUGAGUUAGCAAACGUGUCCUUACUGAACAUCAUACCAGACAUGUAGCUUACCAUUCAUGCAUGGUGGAGUACUGAGGGGUUGUGGAAUUUUUCCUUGGUAGUCCCUAGCAUAACUUUCAAGGGGUUUGAACUUUACGAACAUGUCAAACUGACCAUGAAGAUCAAGAGUUGAUUCUGGGGAGGUAGUAUAACAAAUUUUUAGCUUUCUGCAAAAUGCGCCUUGCUGGUAGCAUCAACUUUCUCUGUACACCCGCGCCUACAAAAUAGUGCCCCAAAAGUCCUGUCAGACUUGCUUUACUCCACUGUACUAAAUUCACUUCAGGUUUCGGGAUCGUGGUUGCUGCAUAGAACAGAUACCUUGACUUAGUGUCAGUGGUGUUGAAAACACUUGAAAAAAAGACGAAUGUAGUUUUUUUCCAAAGUGCAGUAUGACUCAUGGCUGUGUAAGGAGGAUUGCUGCCUUGAUGUCAGCGUACGCUUUGAGACUGGCAGGCAGUGUGACUUUGAGCUUGCCGGAGAACUUUUCCUGAAGGAACACAACAAAAGCGGCAGUGACGCCAUCGGCCGCCAAAAACCAAAAUAUUUAGCUUAUCAGAUCGACACUCUGCUCAAAGAGCUUAACCCAAAGUUCAAGCAGGAAAUGAAACUCUCUCUGAAUUUCCUCUGACUUUGCAGCACUGUCCAAAUUUAACCUACUCUCCAAACUCCUACACCUCUCUGGCAGUUCAUCAGUUACUGAAUGUGCUUCAAGGCAAAAUCAGGCCUGCUGAAGACAGGAAGAGCCUACCACGCUGUCUACCACAAUGCUGCAGCGUAUGCUCAUGAGUUAUGCAAGCUACACAGUGAAAAGUUUGUUUGCACAGGGCAUUUAAUGUCUAAAAGUAUUCCAUUCAGGUGUGCAAUUUCUUCAGGCGUAUGAAAAUUUAUAAAAAAGAAAAACACCCCACCACCACAAAAACAACAACAACAAAAAAAACCCUAUGAUAUGCCAAUAACCUUUUUUCCUUCUUAUAAAAACGAUCUUUGUGUUGUAUCAUGUACUACAAACUCAUUUGUAAAAAGGUUUCAGGACAAACAUGAAGCACCUCCUACAUGUAUGGGAUGCCUUUUUUUUUAAUCCAAACUCUACUAUUGAGUACUUUCUGGAAGGCCUUCCCUGACAUGGCAUAUUAAUGACACCUUAUGAAUGUUUUAUAUAUCACACGUUUUUAAUGAACGCUAAAUAAGUGUUAUAGUUAUGCAAAGUGUUGUUGCACCUUCUGUUGAAGAAAUAAUUCAGUAUGGCGUCUGUCACAGGAAAGAUCCUCCUCUAGUAAGGAGCUACUAUUACACAUAGUAUGAAUCAAGCAAAUGUGUGUAAAGCUUCUUAUUCCCUGCACCUUAAAGGAUGGGAUAAGUAGCGUUUUGUUUUCAAAAUUACAUACUAUUUUAAGAGAAAUGAAUAUUACUUACAUUAAAUAUUGAGAGUGAUGCAUUGAUUCAGAUGCUUGAAUUUGAGCUGGUAAAUUUCAGCAGUGGCUGCCUGAAGCAGUGUGCAGGUUUUUUGUUUGUUUGUUUGUUUUUUUCCCUCUGAUAUUUUUAAUAUGCUUUACUGGACAUGUAAUCUGCAGAGAAUCUGUGCUAGGAAACAAAAUGUAAAAAAGAAUCCAAAAAAAUUAUACACGUCUCUGUUAACUAAAGCUCUUCAUAUGAGUUUGCUAAUACAGACUUGCAAUCAUUUAUUCUCAGUUGCAGAACAAUAAGGAGAAGCUUUCCAGGCUGUGUGCCAGAUACUAUGCUCUACUUUUUUUUGAAAACUUUUUUUUCCUUUUGGUCAUCUCUCAAAGGGUGAUUUACUCCUACUCUUGUUUCCAGAAAGCUGAAAUUCUGUCGGGGUUUAGUGAUGAUUGCUGUUCAGAUAGUGGUUCUAUUUUAUUUGCUUUCCUGUCUUUACCAAGUCAUUUAUCAACACAUUGCUGUCUUAGGCUUCCAAAACUCCCAGGAUCUACACAUCUUGCAAGAUCUAUAUACCUUUCAUAUGUUUUUUGUUUGGUCUUAAAGUGGUGUGCUAGUCCAGCAGUGACAUUUUGACAGUGUUCCAAUUCUGUGUCAAAUGCAGACAGACACUGUAGGUGUUAAGUGGGUUAUAUUGGUCUGAUAAUUGUGUGUGGCUAAAGGCCAAAAACAGCUCUGUUUUAUUGUUUGCAUGCUUGGAACAGAAGUUGCUUGCUUAUGCUGUAUGAAAUCAUCUCCAUUUGUAUGUAAGCACUCAGGUCAGUUUAUAAAAACUGUUUUGGCAUGGACAUCACCAUAGUGGUAAAAUAUCUUGAGACAUGCAAUAAGAAAAAUAAUUUACAUCGUUUGGAGAAAUUAAGACAACGAGAAUAGCAAAUUAUUCCAAUGGAGAAGCACCUCGUUGUAUCUUUUGUUGCGAUCCAGGUGGUGUCCAGAAGUGUCUUAUAUUCGCCAGGUGACACAUAAUGUCAGUUAUCCAAAUUGUUAAAGGUUGGCUGUCAAAAGACUCUCAUCACUGAACCGACAGUAAACGGAGGUAGUGCUUGUGUUGGACACACCCAACCAAGGCUGUUAUGGGUGGGGUGCGUAACUGCUGUUUUUUUUGUUUUUGUUUUUUUAAGGCAGUACACACAUUUCUGCUCGCUUAAGAAGUGAACUAUGCAAAAUUAUAUAGCACUUGAAGUGUGUUUGCAGGAAAAACUUGCAUAAUUCUGAUGCUAAAAAGAUCACAAUCAAAAUUUAUGAAGGUGCACAUGACAACUUCUGUUUGAUUGUGGGUUGUUUUUUUUUUGGGGGGGCACAAUCUUUUGUCUUUCAUUAAACUUGACACCAAGUUACACUUGGAAUAUUUUUCCACCAUGUCCAUGCUUGUGGAGCUGCAGUGCUAUCUGCACUGUGUGUAAUGAUUGUUGCUCUGUAAAUACCAUUGAAUAAUGCAAAAAAAAUUGGUGGUCUCUGUCCACUUGUAUGUUAAUCAAGAGCCCACGCAUUAUUAAAACAUUCACUGGCUUUUUAUACAUUAUGAAUUUUUGACUAUUUUGUAUUAAAUCUGAGGACUCAAUGUUAAAUAUUUUUCAAAACGCAUAUUUUCUGUAAAGUAAAGAAUGGAAAAAACAGUUUGUUCAUGGGUGGAGGAGAAGUGUAUUGCUAUACACGUUAGAGAUAAUAUGAUGAUGAAAGUCUGUCCCAAUAUAUUGCGACUCCAUUGCGGUACUGCUGCAAAUAUUCAAUAAAGAGAAUGGAAAUCA